AAUGACGGGGGUCUGUUUGAGGAGACCCAGGUUGAGGGAGAGGUUCAACUGAUGGAGUGGAGAAAUCAGGGCCACUGGGCCGUAGUCGGAUUCGAUGUGGCCGUUCGCUUACAAGAGAAUUAUACGGCCCUCCAAGGUACAAAUGUCAACCAGAUAGGAUGGGAACAAUUUCAGCUACUCGUAGCUGUUUCUGGAAUGCUUAGCUCGCGUCUUUGCACGCUUCGCGAAGACAAUCCCGGCUCUGGUGCAUAUUGGAUGACGGAUUGGGACGUUUCAAGGGACAAACGCGGGGGAAAUGAUCAACGAAGACUGCGUAGAUUGAACGUCGAACGCGCCCUAGCGCAUGGCUCGGUCG